UGCAGGAAGGGAAAGCGAAAGUAGCUCCUCUCUGGCCAUGGCGGCGGCGGCGGGUCCCCUGGAGGAGCUGUGCGAGGAAGCCUCUUGCUCCGUCUGCCUGGACUUCUUCAGGGACCCGGUGACCAUUGCUGGCUGCGGCCACACUUUCUGCCGGGCCUGCCUGACCCACAGCUGGGGGGGCUUGGAGGGGGCAGAGGCUUCCUGCCCUCUUUGCAGAGGACCCGCGCAGGAGGGGACCCUCCGGCCCAACCACCAGCUGGCCAACUUCGUGGAACUAAUCCAGAAACUCCGUCCUGUGGGAGGGAAGGGGGGGAUCUGCGAGAAGCACCAGGAGCCCCUGAAGCUUUUCUGCCGGGAGGACGAGGCCCCGCUCUGCCUGGUCUGCGGCAGAUCCCAGGUGCACAGAGGUCACCAGGUGAUCCCUCUGGAGGAGGCGUCCCAAGGAAACAGGGAUGAAUUCUGCUAUUGUCUGGAUAACCUGAAGGAGGAAAGAGUAAAAAUUCUAGCGUGUAAAGUGGACGUGGUGAAGGAAAGCCGAGACCUGCUGAAGCAAACCACAGAACAGAAACAAGAGACAGUAGCCAAGUUCAGGGAGCUGCACACUUUUCUGGAGGAGCAAGAGAAACUUCUGCUGGCCCAGAUGGAAGAGGUGGAGAAAGAGGUGGCAAAAAACCGGGAGCAGCGUCUGGCCGAGUUAUCUAAGGCCCUCUCCUCUGUGGACAACCUUAUACAGGACAUGGAGGAGAAGUGUCAGCAGCCGGCCAUUGAACUCCUGCAGGGUGCCAGAAGCAUCUUGCAGAGGUAUGAAGAAAUGGAGGUAUUCAAGAAUCCCUUGCCUUUUCCGUUUGCACUGAAGUGGCAGAUCUGGGACUUCUCAAACCUAAAUCCCCUUUGGGAGCACUUCAAGAAGCAAUUCAAAGACACUAUGGAUUCUGGACUUCGCUCUCAGAAAGCAAAUGUGACGCUGGAUCCAGACACGGCCCAUCCUCUGCUAAAUCUGUCUGAAGAUCGGAAAACCGUGAGACAAGGAAAAUUUCAAGCUCUGCCCGACAAUCCUGAGAGAUUUGACUGUUAUUGUGCUGUGUUGGGCCGUGAGGGAUUCACAGGAGGCCGCCAUUUCUGGGAUGUCCUUGUGGGAAGGGAGGGAGAAUGGGCUGUGGGGGUGGCCAGAAAGUCUGUGCGGAGGAAGGGAGAGGUUAUCUUUAGCCCUGAGGAAGGGAUCUGGGAGGUGGGCAAGUGGGGAGGGGGAGAUUACUGGGCUGCCGUAAAAGGCUCUGAAGUCCCCCUGUUCCUGAGUGAGGAGCCCAAAAGGAUCCGAGUCUGUCUGAACUAUGAUGGGGGUCGAGUGUCUUUUUUCGAUGCUGACCAAGGAGCCCUCAUCUAUGAGUUCUCUGGAGCCUCCUUCUCCGGAGAGACCCUCCUGCCCUUCUUUUAUGUAUAUGGAAAAGCCACCCUCAAACUCUCGUCUGAAGACUUUCUCUUCACACCAGGGGCAUCAAUCAGAAAAUAUUCUUUCUCAGAAGCUCCCCCCUUUAGUCCUUCUCUGGAGAGACCCUCCUGCCCUUCUUUUGGGUAUCUGGAAAAGGCCACUUCAAACUCUCUUCUUCCAAUCUUCUCUUCACACCAGCAGCAUCAGCUAGAAAACCUUGUUUCUCAGGAGUUCCUCCCUUUAAAGAGUCCUGUCAAGGCCUCUCCAGGCUUCCAGCCACCAAGACUGACUGGAGUAAAAUGGAGACAUUUUCCCAACAUUCUGCAACAUCCCCCCUUUUCCUAGUAUCUUAUCUGAAAAUAAAAGUAACAUAGUUGUUGUCAAGGAGAGGUUUGAAUAGACACCCGCUCAGCCUCCUUUAGCCCCCAUUCCCCUCCGGCACAAGAGAAACAACUUGAAAGAUCCUGCAGAGGAAAAUGAGGCUCUGCAAGUUUAAGUUAAUAUUCUGGACUUUCUCUUUUCUUUGGUUUAUGGCAGUGAUGGCGAACCUAUGGCACGGGUACCAGAGGUGGCACUCAGAGCCCUCUCUGUGGGCACACACAGAGUCCC